CUAAGCAACACCUUUUGCUGCUCUCAAAGCAGAAAAUACACUCGACUCCAAGUCGUCUCAUCUAUCAUUUAAUUGUGCUCCAAAUGCGCUCUAAAAUUCAACUUUCUAUUUUGUUACUUGCCACUGUCCUCGGUGCAGUAGGCACAACACACGGCUACCCCAAGAUCGAUGGCCCAUGGAGCCGUCUGAGCGACGACUACGAUAAUGGCUAUGUGGACAGUCGAUUGGGGGGCUAUGAUGGCAAUGGCGAAUAUAGGGAAAACUGGGCGGGCAUUACCGUCAGUCCCGACUGCAUAACCCUAGAGCCCAGUGCCCAGAAUCCACCCAUAGAAAGCAAUGGACCACUGCUGACGACUACGACCUGUUACCCACCGCCGGAGACCAAUCCAGCAACCCCAUCGCCACCGCCAGCCACCACCACCAUUUGUGAAUAUCCACCUCAAAUCGCAUCAUCAUCGCCGGAACCGUUGCGUCCGGCCUGGCAUCAGGACAAUGUUGAUGAGAGCGAGGAGCGACGCAAGGAGCUGCGCAUCAUGUUGCAGCACCUGUACGUGGCCCAGGCUCGGGUGCAGCUGGAGGCCACCGAGAUUCGGAAGGCACAGGGCGUGGCAUCCUCUGCGCAGGCUCAGCUGGAGGAGUCGACCAAUAAUGUACGCACCAUCACAGCCUCACUGCACACGGCCCAGCAGUCGGUGGCCGCCGCGGCCAUACGCGCUCAAAUCUCCCAGCUUCAGCUGGCGGCACACGAUCAGCUGCUGUUUGCCGCACGCCAGGACGUGGAUUCGCUGUCCUCGCAGAUGGUCGGACUGCAGGCGGCCGAGGGCAUUGUCCAGCCGAAGCUCAGCGUUGAUCUGCGCGCACUUCUGGACAAGCUGAAGCAGCCGCUGCAGCGGUUUGACAAGCCAACGCCCGUGCCGCCCAUCAUCACCAAUAUGCAAGGACUUGGGUUUUAUCCGCAGGAACAGCAGCAGCCGCAACAGCAACAGAGUCAGUCGCAGGGACAGACGCAAUGGCAACCGCAGUGGCAACAGCAGAAUGAAGUCGGUGGGGGGCAGGUGCUAUUUCCCGGAGACACAAGCGCACCAACGGGCGGGCAUGGUGGUGGGGAUCGCAACAAGCCGGUUGCCCUCCCCAACGAAAUGAAUCAGGGGCCAGGUCAGCCGAAUGUCGAAAGUUCGGACAAGAAAUGGUACGACUUCUAGAUGGAUUUAUAUCUACCCAGUAUGCGUCUCCAGAUGUUGCAUUUACUGCAUCUCCAACUAUUUCUUCACAUAUAUUUUCCAUUAACUUUGAUUCGUUUUGUGUCCUCUAAAUAAAUUGAUGGAUACCCUUAA